CGCUUUUGUUCGGCGAUCAGCCUUUCGGUCAUUUUUAUCCGGUUUUGGUUCCAUGCUAAUUUCACAUCAUCCGCUCUUUUGAACCUCUUUUGUUGUCUCAAACGGAUGUAUUCUUGCUUCACGUGACGCUUCCAUUCGUUACUCACUUUCACUUUAGACAUUUUCACGCCAAUUAAGAAAGAAAAUAAUGAAUGCAAAAUGAGAGCACCAACCAGUGGCGCGUGCGCCGAACGCCGAUGUUUUGCUGAUAAUCUAACCCCCGAGUCCCAGGAAGAGUCAUUCUGUGGUUCCUGUGCCCCAGUGGGCUCUGCUAACCCCCUCGCCCCAUAGUAAUGUGCUCUUCCCACAAAAAAUUAUUCUAAGCGCUGACAAAAACAAUCAAAUGGUUUAAUGUAGAAGUCAUCGAAAACAAGACAAGAAAACAUGGAAGAUCAAUUAAAAAUUGAAUUGGCAAUUUUAAGUGCUGUUUUAAUUCUUGCUAGGAUCUUUUAUCUGGUUCAUAAGAUAACAACCGGCUUUAGUCGAGAGGCGUCAAAUAAACGGGUUGCCCCCUGCAGAACAAUAAUUUGCAUUGGUUCAGGAGGCCACACCACUGAAAUGUUAACACUUAUGACUAACUUAGAUUUUACUAAAUAUUGCCCUCGAUAUUACAUCAUGGCAAAAACAGACAAAACUAGUUAUAUGAAAGUAAAAACAUUUGAAGAGGCAAAAAAUCAAAACAAUUAUAAAAUUAUUGAAAUUCCCAGGAGUCGAGUUGUGGGCCAGUCUUAUAUCACAUCUGUUUUUACAACUCUAUAUUCAAUUUUUUAUAGCAUUCCUUUAGUUUUCAAAUUGAAACCUGACUUAAUUUUAUGUAAUGGCCCAGGCACUUGUAUUCCAAUUUGUCUACUAAGUUUCCUCCUAAAGGCUGCUUUUAUUUUUAAUGCUAGGAUAGUGUUUAUUGAGAGUUUUUGCAGGACUGAAACUUUUUCACUAACCGGGAAAAUACUGAUGUAUUUUGCUGAUAAUUUCCUCGUUCAGUGGUCAAGUUUGAAACAAAAACUCAAAAGAGCGGAGUAUAUAGGACAAUUAAUGUAAAAUCUUUAUUAAUACAUAGGUAUAUAAUAUUAAAAACCGUA